AUGGCCCCUGUCGACGACACCAAGGCCGCCGAGGCCACGCCCGCUACCACUGCUCCCGCGGAGGAGACUGCUGCUUCCCCCGCUCCGACGCGUUCGCCUUCGGCCCGCAAGGCCAAGACGGCCGCUGCUGCUAAGAAGGAGGAGCCCGUCGCUAAGGAGGCCCCCAAGGCCAAGAAGCCUAGGGCCAAGAAGGCCGCGGCCACUAAGAGCGCGGCCGAAAACGGCCCUUCAUACUUUGAACUCAUCGUGGACGCCAUCAAAGAGCUGAAGGAGCGCAACGGCUCGUCCCGUCAGGCCAUUGCCAAGGUCGUCGAGAACAAGAAGGACAACUACGCUAGCCACCACUUGAACAAGGCCCUGCGCACGGGCGUGGAAGCUGGCAAGCUCAUUCAGAUUAAGGGUUCGUACAAGCUCUCGCCCGAGUUGCGCAAACCUGCCGCCAGUAAGAAGAAGAGCAUGAAGGUGUCUGAAAGCUCGGCCAAGACUGUUAAGAAGGUUGGCAAGGUGGCUAAGAAGUCUCCUACCGCUAAGAAGACGGCGGCCAAGAAGGUUGCUGCUAAGAAGGUGGCGGCCAAGAAGACUCCGGCCAAGAAGACGGCCGCUAAGAAGUCGCCUACUGCUAAGAAGGCUGCGGCCAAGAAAACGGUCACCAAGAAGGCGGCCCCGAAGAAGGCUGUGGCCAAGAAGUCGGCCCCUAAGAAGGCCACGGCCAAGACUACCAAGAAGACGGUCAAGAAGACGGCAAAGAAGUAA